AUGCCGCUCAAGAUGUGGCGAGUUCCUCUUGUCUGUGUUCGACCAGACUGUGAUAAGCACAAACUAACAGCCGCAGGACUUUACCGUACCGUGCGCAAAGUCUUGGACAUCGACGGUUGGUAUGAUCUUGCCACUGAGUAUCUGGAGUGCAAACGCUGCAAAAAGAAAUAUCCCGCCUGGUCCGAGGACAUUUUGGGGCAACUGGAUAUGGGCCACCGCAGUCAGUUUCCAGCUUUGCUGACAUACAGAUACUCAUGUGACAACCGGGUGCUGAGGAUGAUGAGGGAGAGGACACAGGGCAACAGCGUGACACAGCUGUACAAGAAGCUCAUGGAACAACACAGUGAGGCAUGGACACAGCGUGUCCUUCAGUACCUGACUGCCUGUGAACCAUUUACAAGGUCCUUCCUUGUGCAACCACCUGUGUUUGCGGAGCCUCCCUCUUUACCUGCCCUACCUAAACCUAAGUGGCUGUUAGCCGUGUACGCCAGGGAUGUUCUGGGGCGACUGCACGAGGUCAAAGCCAAAAUUACAUCUGUCUUGGGCUGUGUUCUGAAGAUGGACUCCACAAAGAAGGUCACAAAGAAACUUGCCGGUGCUGCUGCAGGAACAGCUGCCUGGUGCACAAAUGUAGGAAACGUACAUGGCCAAGUCCUUGUCUCUGUGCUGACAGCCGCAGAGGGACAUGGACUGCACCCUAUGGCAGUUGGCCUAAUGAAACGCUACCGAGAGGCAGGAGAUGCAGCCCCGAAAGUGAUGUACGUGGACAGAGAUUGCUGCAGUCUUCAUGGCAAGUCUCAGGUGAAUGUCAUGUUUUCGGAGUGGGAUGAGCUUGAAGUGCGCCUUGACAUCUGGCAUUUCAUGCGGCGAUUUGCUGCAGGUGUCACGACAGAGGCUCAUCCGCUCUAUGGGAUCUUCAUGGCACGUCUGUCCAUGUGCAUCUUUGAGUGGGAUCCAGAUGAUGUGGCUGCUCUUCACCGUGCAAAGGAGGGUGAGCUGGCAGCAAAGAAGGCUGGCCACAUCUCAGGAAAGGCGCUGAGUGCCCGCAUUACCCGGAGAGAGUUGGCACUGCACUGCCGGAGGAGGACCAGGGGUGUGGAGGAGACCACCAGAUUGAUUGGAUCUCUGGUUGAUCUGUUUGACAGUGCGAGUGAUUUGGAAAGAACAGCGUAA